UAGCGAAUCCGCUGCUCGGAGCGGAGGGGACGAAAAAGGAAAGCAAGCAGGCGGCGGGGCGGCGGGACCUGAGCUGGGCAGAGCCGCUUUGCAUGGUAGAAGCCCUGUGAUUUCCGAAGAUUACAAGUCACCUGGCUUCAGCAUCAACGAUGGACCAGGGUGAUUAUAAUAGCCCCUUUCAUGAGACACAGCUAACCAGGAUUCUCCUCUACUCCUUCCUGGAGAAGUCUUCUGACUGUGCUUUUGCUUCACGGCUUUGUGCUUUGAAAAACCAGUUGGUUUCAGAGCAGGACGAUGAUGGGGAGCUUCAGACAGAUGGCAACAGAUUUGGGCAACCUGAGGACAUCAUAUAUCCAAAUUCAGAAGAAGAGGAAAUUUUCCGGAUUAUUGGAGCUCAGCUGGCUGAAAUCGGAGAUCAGCUGGCUGCCGAGAUUGACCCAUCGUUCGUACAGAAUCUUGCACGGCAGUUUAUGGCGGAGAACAUGUCCAAAGAGGCAAUAACCAAUCACCUGUCUCAAGUAGUGAAGGAAGUUGUGCGAAGGAUGCCUUUGGAAAUGGAGCAGGAGAAAGCCAUGCUAGUGGUAGCUAUGGUUUUAGCCAAAAAAGUAGCAAACACUGUGCCAUCUCUUCUACAACAAGUGUUCAGCACAACCGUGAACUACAUCAACCAGAACCUCCGUGAUUAUGUGAACAACUUGGAACCUGAGGUGAUAUAAAAUAAAAUCCAGAGGUGAAUGAAGGGAACACAACAUGUCUACCUUUGAGAUUUUUUUUUUAACCAGGAAACAGUUAUAAGGAACUGUUUUAAGCUUUGCUUGCAAUUUUUACCAAUAGUAAUUAGUUUCAUUGUGCUGCUUACCUUGCUUUAAAGUAUGAAUUAUGAAUGACAUUUUUUUCUACUUGAAAUACUUGGUCCUGCUCUACAUUUCAGGAGGAAAAUGGCUUUUUUUCUUGGGGCCAUGGUGGGAGCAGACUGUCAUUCCCUUGCAAAUGACAAGCUUGGAGCAAAGGGUAGAUGUUCUGCCAAUUGCCAACUGGAUUAGAGUGUUUGGGAUCACUUAUAAAACUACAAAGCCUUAAUGAGCAACAGCAGGUGCUCCAACCCAACUAAGGACCCAACUUGGGCAUCAGUGAAAGGAAUUGCACUAAUGUGAAAAAACCUUAGCUUGGGAACAGUGCUGGCUAUAUAUGCUGCUAGUGCCCCAUGGUACCUAGCCUUGGAGCAACUUCAUCUUUCCAGUUGUACUGUAAACUGGCUCUAAAGAGCCAGUUGUUGUCCAGUUUUUAGCAGAUCAUUGUUAAUUCAAGUAGCUGAUAUAUGUAGUUGUGUUGCUGUUUGUAAAAUUUCAAAAAUGAAAA